AUGCAAGAUGUAAUUACGAAAUUGCUGGAGCAUUGUGAAGGCCUUCCAUUGGCGAUAUCUUUGCUUGGAGGAGUAUUAUCAGCAAAAAAGACACUUGAGGACUUGUUGAUGGUGGAGGAGAAUGUCAAUUCAUACAUAAAGAUGGUUGAUGGUAGCCUGGUUCCGCGAUGGAAAGGAGUACUAGAAUUAAGCUACUAUGACCUCCCCUAUCAGCUGAAACCAAGCUUUCUAUAUCUGGGAUAUUUUCCAACAAAUCUCGAAAUUCAUACAAGAAAAAUUACUCGACUGUGGGAGGCAGAAGGCCGCGUUUCCUUUGGAGACAAUGAAAUAUUUAAAGACAUGACUAUUGGAGAUGUUGCUGAAAGGUGCUUAGCGGAGUUGGUAGAAAGGUCUAUGGUGACGGUUGGAUCUAGGAUCCCUACUGGUCGGGCCAAGACAUGUAUACUCCAUGAUCUCGUAAAAGAUCUAUGCAUAGCCAAAACAUCAAGAGGAAAAUGGUUAAAUUUCACUGAAUUUCCUGUUCAAAAUAAUCCACAAUCCUUAAACUCCAAAUACAAUAAUAAACAAGCAAAAUUUACAAGGUCCUUAUUUUACUUCACACUAGCCAAUGAUGGGGAUGUUUCGAUGAAUCUAAAGCACAAGGUUUUACGACAAGCAUUUGAACGUUACCAUUUGCUAAGGGUCCUAGAUAUUGAAUAUAUUGAAGUUCAUAGUCUACCAGAAGAAGUGGGAUGUUUGGUCCAUUUGAGAUGCAGAUUAAAAGAUAUUGAAGGCCUUGAGAAACUCCGAAGAUUUUCUUUGUGCGACUUUCUCAAGGAUGUAAAAGGCAUCAUGCCCCUCAUUGAUGAUUCUUCGAGCUUAGAACACCUCAAGCACGUGUCACUUAGGCUCGAUGGUGAAGUACUGAAAGGAAAUCAUCAAGCAAUAGGAAACUGCUCUAAGCUCCACAAAUUAUGGGUCAAGGGAGCGAUAGAUUCACUUGGUUCCGAUAUGCUGCCUAAAAAUUUAACUGUGUUAUCUUUUCAUGAUUCCAAAUUUCUGAGUAGGGAUCCUAAGGAAGUCCUUGGUAAAUUGAGUUGCUUGAAGAAGCUAAGUUUAAAGCAUGAUUCUUAUCUAGGGGAGGAUAUGAAAUGCUCUAAAGGAGAAUUUCAAGAGCUCGAGUACCUCAUUUUAGAAGGCCUGAAGGAAUUAAAAGUGUGGACAGUAGAAGAAGGAGCUAUGCCUAAACUAUCUAACUUGAUGAUUAAUGAUUGUCCAAAACUGAAGAUGUUACCAGGUGGCUUGAAAUACAUUCAAGGACUCAAAGAAUUGUCAAUUUCAUUCAUGCCUUUUUCAUUCUUCAAUUGGAAAAAUCCCACGGAAGACAUAGAGGAAUGGUCUCAAUACCCAAAAGUAAAGCAUGUUCCGCGUAUCAAUGUUUCUUAUGUCCUGGAUCUUGAGGAUGAGAAUUUGCCCACUGAAAUGCCGGGCUGUCAAGGACUCAAGGUAAUAUUACCUGCAUCAUUUGUUAGCAGAACUCAACAGUAA